AUGAACCAGUCAGUGAAGUUGCAUCAAGUCGUGAUCAACCAGUCAGUGAAGUUGCAUCAAGUCGUGAUCAACCAGUCAGUGAAGUUGCAGCAAGUUGUGAACCAGUCAGUGAAGUUGCAGCAAGUUGUGAUGAACCAGUCACUGAUAAAGUUGCAGCAAGUUGUGAUGAACCAGUCAGUGAAGUUGCAGGAAGUUGUGAUCAACUUGUCAGUAAAGUUGCAGCAAGUUGUGAACCAGUCAGUGAAGUUGCAGCAGGUUGUGAUCAACCAGUCAGUAAAGUUGCAGCAGGUUGUGAUCAACCAGUCAAAGAAGUUGCAGCAAGUUGUGAACCAUGAAGUUGCAGGAAGUUGUGAUCAACCAGUCAGUGAAGUUGCAGCAGGUUGUGAUCAACCAGUCAAAGAAGUUGCAGCAAGUUGUGAACCAGUCAGUGAAGUUGCAGCAAGUUGUGAUGAACCAGUCAGUGAAGUUGCAGGAAGUUGUGAUCAACUUGUCAGUGAAGUUGCAGCAAGUUGUGAACCAGUCAGUGAAGUUGCAGCAGGUUGUGAUCAACCUGUCAGUGAAGUUGCAGCAGGUUGUGAUCAACCAGUCAAAGAAGUUGCAGCAAGUUGUGAUCAAAAGGUUGCAGCAAGAUGUGAUCAAUCAGUCAGUGAAGUUGUUGGAAGUUGUGGUCACUUGGUUCUUGAUACUGCAGUCAGUGAAGUUGCCGGCUGUGGUCAGUCAGCUUUUCAUACGAGUGAAGUAGUUGUCACAAGUAGCCAACAAAUCAUUGAUGUUGCAGCAAGUUGUGAUGAACCAGUCAGUGCAGUUGCAGCAAUAUGUGAUCAUCCAGUCAGUGAAGUUGUUGGAAGUUGUGGCCACUCAGUUCAUGAGACUGCAGUCAGUGAAGUUGCUAGUUGUGGUCAGUCAGCUUUUCAUACGAGUGAAGUAGUUGUCACAAGUAGCCAACAAAUCAUUGAUGUUGCAGCAAGUUGUGAUGAACCAGUCAGUGAAGUUGCAGCAAGUUGUGAACCAGUCAGUGAAGUUGCAGCAGGUUGUGAUCAACCAGUCAGUGAAGUUGCAGCAGGUUGUGAUCAACCAGUCAAAGAAGUUGCAGCAAGUUGUGAACCAGUCAGUGAAGUUGCAGCAAGGUGUGAUGAACCAGUCAGUGAAGUUGCAGGAAGUUGUGAUCAACUUGUCAGUGAAGUUGCAGCAAGUUGUGAACCAGUCAGUGAAGUUGCAGCAGGUUGUGAUCAACCUGUCAGUGAAGUUGCAGCAGGUUGUGAUCAACCAGUCAAAGAAGUUGCAGCAAGUUGUGAUCAAAAGGUUGCAGCAAGAUGUGAUCAAUCAGUCAGUGAAGUUGUUGGAAGUUGUGGUCACUUGGUUCUUGAUACUGCAGUCAGUGAAGUUGCCGGCUGUGGUCAGUCAGCUUUUCAUACGAGUGAAGUAGUUGUCACAAGUAGCCAACAAAUCAUUGAUGUUGCAGCAAGUUGUGAUGAACCAGUCAGUGCAGUUGCAGCAAUAUGUGAUCAUCCAGUCAGUGAAGUUGUUGGAAGUUGUGGCCACUCAGUUCAUGAGACUGCAGUCAGUGAAGUUGCUAGUUGUGGUCAGUCAGCUUUUCAUAGCAGUGAAGUAGUUGUCGACAGUAGUCAAGCAGCAGGUCAUAUUUCAAUAAAUGAAGCUGUUACCAGUUGUGGUCAGUCAGGUAUUGAUAGGGAAGCAGCUGCCAGUGUUGAAGCUACAUUAAGUGACGUUGAAAGCAUGGUCACAUCGACACAAUUUGAUGAUAAUGAUCCUAAUUAUGAAAGUGAAUCAGUAGAUACUGCUUCUGAUUCGGAUGAAAGCUUUGUACUUGAGUCUGAUUCUUUGUCGGAGGAGUUCUGUGUUAUACCCUUGCCUCAAAGGAGAGUGUUGGCCAAUAACAACAGUGCAGAGUCGACCAGUGAAACUGUUGAUGAUUCAUCCUCAGUUGGUCCUCAAACUGCUGAUAGCACUGAUACUACUUCCAUAAAGGUUAUGCGUACCGACAAUAACAAAGGCAAACGGAAGAAGAGAUCUGGUGAGGUGUCCAAAAUGAAGUUGUCCGACUUUGAUAAGUGUAAGAAAGGUGAAGAAGGCAUCAUGAUGGAAGGCUUGUCAGGGUGGGAGAAGGAGUUGUGCAAAAUUGUCUGGCGCAUGGAGAUCGUCGGGAAGAGAGGAAGGACUGUACCAGUACUCCUGACAGAGGACUUGAAACAAAGUAUGGACCUUCUCAAGUGCAAAAGAGAACAGGCUGGUGUAAUGAAUGGAAAUAAAUUCAUGUUUCCAGUCCAGAGUUCCCUAGGCCAUAUCAAAGGUUCUAAUGUUCUUCGUAAACAUGUGGAGCUAGCAAGCCUGAGUACCUUAGGUCAACUCGUUUACGUAAGCACAUCUGCACUGUUGCACAAGUAA